AUGAAGACGCAGAAUGAGUGCGCACUCCUGCUCAUUUGUGUUUCAGCUUUUGCCUUCGCCACAGCUGCCACAAUCCGUGAUCGACCGGCAGCGAUUGGCAAACCCGCCGUCGUAGUUGGUCAGCAAGUAAAGGAUUUCGUGCCAAUUGUCAGAUCGGUGGCUGAGCGCAAAGAUGAUGGCUCCUUCGUCUUCUCCUAUGAGGGUGCCGAUGGUAGUCAACGCGAAGAGGUUGGCAUCGUCAAGAAUGCCGGCACUGAUGAAGAAACUUUGGAAGUGUCCGGCUCGUAUCGCUACUUUGAUGUCGAUGGCCAGCUGAUCGAGGUGCGUUACACUGCUGGCGAAAAUGGUUUUGUACCACAAGGUACAAAUAUUCCACAAGAAAUUACAGCAGCAGCACAAGCAGCAGCUGAAGUGGCGCGGCGUCAACCAGUGGAAGUGAAGUGAAGUGAGGUGUGCGUUCAGUCGUACAUUUGUAUGUACAUACAUACGUACAUAUGUACGUGCGUGUACGGCGAAGGAGAUGAAAUGAUUGGUGAAAAUCAGUGAUUAAAGUAUUCAUAAGUGCUUUAUAAGUACGCGUGUCUAUUACUAAUAAA